AUGAUGAUGCCAAAUAUUUCUGAUGACGACCGGUUGGCUCAAAGAAGAGCCCCAGUCGACUGUGAUCGGCAGGUGUGUUGUGAAGGUACUGACCAUGUGUACCUGGAGCCAAGGGUCAUCAUUUUACCACGUAAUAAACAGUUUAGCCACAGCGGAGAAAAACAACAACAACGCCUGCAGCAACCACACGACCAUCGCCACCCUCAUCUUUACGAAGACGCCGAGCCGGUAGUCCACUCGAGUACCAGCCGAGGUUUUUCACAUUCCGGAGAAGAGAGUGACAGUUCACAGCGUAAAGACGAUCCAAGCUUCCAAGGUGUUUACUGCAAGGCAGAACCCGUCAGUUUUCCCUUACAAGAUUUCAACGUGACAAUCUGUGGCCCUGGAGCCUCCACUACGGAAACCAGUUUCUCCAACAGUCCAGAAGAGGUCCAUGAUGAAGCCCAUCCUGUACAUCAGCAGGGACACGGCAUGCCAUCUGCACGGGAUGAUGGCGUACCGGCAGAUUCAGACAGCAUCAGCAAGAAUGAGGAGCAAGAAAUUUUAUGUGACCAACGCUGCCACAUCACUUCUCGCGUCCAUCGUGCAUGCGUUGCCAGGACGACCGUCGUCAUAGCAACGUUGAUCAUCACAGGAGUCGCUCUCCUACUUAGCGUCUCCAGCUGGCACAAAAAGGAAGAUGACGUCACAGCUGUUCUGCUACUAUCGACUCAGGGAUCUAUAAAUACGUCUGUCACUUUGGGAGAUUCUAGAUCUGUGACUGAAGCCAUGACGGAUCCGGAAAUUGCGUCACAAGAACUAUCUACGUCUUUUAUGAAAAUGAAAACAGAUGAAGCCUCCACAAGUACCACCCCUAGGGAAUGAGGAGUGCCCCAACUGUACCCGGUCGAGUCACCUUCGGCCGAAGAGGAUCAGGGCCCGGAGAGUUUGACUGGCCGCGCGGGGUCGUGGUGUCCCCGGCAAACGAGAUUUUUGUGUCGGACGUCCGAAACAGACGGAUCCAAGUCCACAACCUGUCAGGCGCACAUCUGCGCAUGUUUCCUACGCUCGUUCCAGGCGACGAAAACCAGCUGAUGAAGCCUUACUUUAUCACCAUGGAUUCCGAGGGUCAUUUAUGGGUAAUGGGGCUUACUAAUUUUGACCCUAUGGCUAUGACUGUGAGAUAUAUUGUACAGUACACUUCAAGUGGUUGUGUCAAAGGCGGCUUCUCGAUAGGCAACGUUUUCCUGACGGUCGGUGGCAUGGUCAUAGACAAACGGAACAACAACAUCGUCGUGACAGGGUUUGACCCCAGUUGGCUGUUUGUUGCCGCCCUCCGGCGGGACGGUGUGGUACUGCAC